AUGUUCAAGAAAAAUGUGAUUGUGUUAACAGUAGCAGUGAUCUUGUGCUAUAUCCAACAACUCCAUGGAUCUGUCGAUGAGACCGAAACGAAUACAGCGACCGAGGAACCGAAGAACACAACGGGUUCCGAAAGAGUCGGUAGAUCCAUGAACAGAGAAUGCAAUAGCAGUCUAAGUUCUAAAUGUCUGAAAAUCCGCGUAUUAUCCUUCUUGGAAGACCUGAGCUCCCACGAUGAACUUCAUCUGUUACCAGGUCUCAGCAUCGUCAGGGAGAAUCAGACAAACGUUACAAGUGCUAAGGAGAUUGCAGCAGAACUGUCGCGCCAGUUUCCUGGGAAACCGGAAGAGAAACUGAAUCAGUUCAUUUUGUAUAGCUUGCAAAGCUAUUUAGACGGUCACUCCUUGAAAUAUAGAUUGCUGGAUUCGGAAACGACUAAGGAAGCUAUGAAUAUGGCUAAGGGUGACGCGGAAAACAUAGGCAGGAAGAGUGGAGGUGGAGGUGGCGGUGGUUUUGGGGGGGGUAAAGGUGGAGGUGGUGCUUUAUUAGCUGCAGCAAUGAUGAUGAAAGGAACUUUAGCUGCUGCAGCUCUUGGUGCUUUAGCGCUGCUGGCUGGUAAAGCCUUGAUGACAGCGCUGAUGUCGCUCUUACUCUCCGCGCUGGUUGGACUCAAAGGUGGUGGUGGUCACAAAUCCACAACAUACGAGAUCAUAACCAAACCAGAAGUAUCCCACCAUCAUUCUCACAGCCACGAAGAACAUCACGAACAUGAACAUGGUCACCACGGUGGUUACAGACGAGCAUAUGACCCUAGUUACAACAAUUAUAAUAGUUACAUGCCUUAUGAAACAACAACAUAA